AUGUAUCGAGUGCAGGGGAGCGCCGGCAGAAUGUUAUCGUGGAAAUGCAAUCGUAAUCAAUUGCGACCAAAUAGGCAAUGGGCAGCUAUCGAUUGUCGUGCCGCGUGCGGGCAGGCGCUGUCCUGCGAGGAGGAGGAGGAGGAGGGAGGCGGCGCUGGGAGAGGGAGCUGCCAUGUUGGAUUAGUCGGUAUUUGCAUUUUCAAUUCGCCACGAGCGCCGGCAAGGGUUGCGCGUGCGCGUAAUCCCGUUAACUAG